CGGAGGCAAAGGCACUAGUUGCGUCGCGAGCUUGUACCUGUUUGCAAGUGUGGUUGUUGCUGCCUCCGCUCUCAUCAAUAUUUGGGAAGCUUUCCCCUGUAUUGGCACAGCCUGCAUCGCUGUGUCCAUCUGCGUAGCUUCUACUAGGAAGCGACCGGCCGAUUCGUUCGGCCAUAUUUCUUUGGAACCGCUCCGAAAAGUGGUAACUACGGCGGACCAACAGGCCCUCAGCUGGAAAUAUUUGUCGUAUAAUCUUUAUAGGCGCUGUAAACUAGAAAUGGAAAGCCAUGCAUUAAGGCCAAUUCACUCACUCCCGGAACCUUACGAGGAUAAAAGGAUCAGCAACAUGCCAAGGGUUGAGACCACCUCGCCCUUUAAGGCACCGGUGCAUAUCGACGUUGGAGGUGUCAUCUAUACUUCGUCGCUGGAGACGCUUACCAAGUAUCCGGAGUCGAAACUGGGCAGGAUGUUUUCCGGCAACGUGCCCGUUGUUCUUGACACCCUGAAGCAACAUUACUUCAUUGAUCGCGAUGGCGGAAUGUUCCGUCACAUUCUCAAUUUUUUGCGCAAUCAGAUGUUGCUGCUCCCGGAAGAUUUCCAGUACUAUGAUCUUCUGAUGCAGGAAGCUCAAUUCUUCGAGCUGCACUACAUGAUAAGUGCACUCCAGCAGUACAAGACCAACAAGGAGGAGGCCGAACAACAUGUUGACGUUGGCAACAACGAAGCCAUCGACAUGACUUCCCACAACGAUUACUACCAGAAUUACUGGAGGCAGCCCAGACGCCUUGAAUAUUAAAUUCUCCGUCGCAGCAGCCGUUUAAAAGUCCUUCAAGAUUCCAUAUAUUAUGCGAAAUAGAAUAGUAGUGCGUAGGCAACGUUAAACUGCUUCAAAAUUCAUCGCUUAUAGAAAUAGACAAAUCAAUGUUUACAUUAUAUUAUGAAUUGUUAAAUUUCUGUAACUCAUAUGAUUUUGAUAUUAUUUGUAUUUUCAAAACAUUCCGUACAAAAAUUUAUAUACUAUGAUCUCAGAUAUUAAUAACUGGUUAGGUUAUCGUAACGAAUGUUUUAUAUGUUUUUAAAUCGUUAUAAUCGUUUUACAGAAAGUAACAGUUUAUGUUAUAUUAUAUUACUUUAAUAAUGACAUGUAAAAUUCAUUUUAAGUUG